UGUUCAAAGAAAAAAGAAAUAGAGUAAAUUUUAAUUCGUCCGUAAUAUGAAAAGGAGAAACGUGAAUCAGAACGCGCCGGCGUGUCCUGGCAGGAUCGACCCGGGCGAGCGCUGCUCCUGCACAAGGACUGCCGCAGUCCUUAUCCUUCUAUCAACAGCCGCGACCGCGUUCGGCCUUUUCCUUUUAUUUUUACGGAAAUCGAAGCGAAACUAAACAGCAGCAACAACAGCACGAAAAUUUAAUACAAAAAAAAAAUAGAAACAAACUAAAAGAAGCAUUCUUUUCCAUUCAUUCCACGAAGAUGUAGUCGACUUUAAAGAGCUGCAGCAACGCAUUUGAUAUUUUAUACCCAACGAACGAAUAAUUAUUAUUUGAUUUUAUCAAGCAACAUAUAUACAAGAAACUUUAAACAAUUAAUUGAUAUUAUCGAUAUCCAAGUCUUCCAUUAGCAUUAAUUGUUAACCGUUGUUGUUGUUGUUUUUUUAACGAUAAGUCCCGCAAAUUCCUCCGAGCCAUUUUCGUUCGACUAAAAUUCAAAAUAAACACGAUGCAGCUUCUUGUUUUAAUAAUAAGUUGAACCUUCGAGCGAUAUACCGCAGCUUCUGUCACAGCAUUAGAACGUCCCAUUAAUGGAGGUGACAGAAGAAGAAAUACACGUGAGACCAAUAGGUUCAGGGAGCUCGACAGACCGUCGAACGCGAUGAGAUACAGGAAGAAGAAGAAGAUCGCCAAGUGGAAGGCGAUACAGCGUUGCGUGAUCUUCUUCAUGGCGAUCUGCGUCAUACCGGUGGUUCUCUUUCUUGUGGUAACCACUGAUCAAUACAUGAGGCCACUCCAGCCGAACAGAGUGGCUUUCGUGAGGCCCGAGGGCGGAAGACUCGAUCCGGCCCGCCGAUCCGAGAAGAACAUGUCGUUGGUAGAGGAGAGACUCCACCAGAGGAAGAUCUUCUUGAAGAAUACCUGCGCUCAGCUCGCCCUCAACAAAGUGGGAAACGACACCCUCCACAGACCUAACCCCUGGGAAUUCCUCAUUAACAAGAAGCACCGCCUUGUCUGGUGCAACGUCUUCAAAGCCGGAAGCACCUCGUGGAUGUACAAUUUUAAUUUAUUAGCCGGAUACAGUCCGCAGUUUUUAAAGAAAACCAAACAAGUGCCUCUAAAUCUGGCUCGCCAGAGAUACCCGCGUCCAUCCUUAGUAGAUUUACGAAAAGCUUUUAAAAAUUCCCUCUCGUUUCUCAUCGUGCGACAUCCGUUGGACAGGCUUCUCUCCGGAUACAAGGAUAAGAUACAAUACGCCCUGCCUCACACUUACCACCGGAAAUUGGGAAACGAAAUCAUACAGAAGUAUCGACCCAAGACCGGAACAGACGAGAAGUUACGGAAGCAGAGAUAUCCGAGUUUCCCUGAAUUUAUAGAGUACGUUCUGGAUUCUGCCAAAGAAGAUCAACCCAUGGAUAUGCAUUGGACCCCGAUCACCGAGUUUUGCACACCCUGCCAAUUUGAUUUCACAGUCAUCGCGCACACUGAAACUUUGCAGGAGGAUCAAGAGUAUAUAAUUCACAAAGCCGGCCUGCAGGAUAUCAUUAAACCGGAGUGGAAGAACGUCGGACGUCAAACCGUCAAACAAAUGGAGAACCAAUAUACGCAGCUCACCAGGGCACAAAUCUUGCAGCUGUAUCACAUAUACAGAUACGAUUUCGAGCUAUUCAAUUACUCGCUGCAAGGAUAUUUGGACGUGGCCCAACAGGACAAAGACCCAGCCGAUCUUCUCGCUGCGAUCACGAUGAAAGAUAAAGUGAGGCCGAUAAGGAAAAGGAGAACCGCAGUGAUUAAUUGAUACAAAUCCUCAAGUUUUUCGCCAAAAAAAAAACACUCCAUACAUACACACACAGAAACACACAUCUUUCUUCAGUUUUAAAACAAUCGAUUCACAUCUAAAAAAACGGUUUAAAGUAUAGUGAAUGGAAACAAUAAUGAAAAAUAAAUCAAAAGUAUCGGAGCUUCUGAAGAAGUAAUUUACACAUUCUCUUUAAUCGGGUUUUAUAAUAAAGCGAGACGAAUGAUUAAGUUCAAAGAUUGAAAAAAUUAUUAAAAACUUGAUUUAUUUUUAAUAUAUUUUAUUCAAUUAGAACUUAAUUUUAUUUUAACGUUUCAGGUAUUAGUGUUUAUGUACAAAACAAAAAAAUAUACUUGCGCUUAUAUAAAAAAUAAAAUCUCGGAAGAAACAAAUCUUCUAUUAUUCCAUUAAAAGUAGUUGAAAACCAAAAUUCGAUAACAUCACGAAACGUAGCUUACAAAACAUAAAUUAACAGCCUCUAAAUUUUAAAUGCGUUAGUAUAAAUUUUAGAAAUCAAACAAAGAAAAUAUAAAUCAAAUUUUAAAUACGUUUUCAUUCUUUUGGUAAGACUGAAACAAUCGUAAACGGGUAGAUAUGUAGUUGAGGUUUGGGCUGCAAUAAUGAUAUGAGUACACACACACACAUAUAUACAUACACACGAUGAAAGAACGCCAGUUUAUGCCUAUAAUCAUAUUGUACAUUUAUUUACAAAUGGAUUUAGCGUAAUUCCUAGGUUUCUCAAAACAAAAUAAUAAUAAUAAAACUUUGUGAGACAUUUGUGAUAUUUAGAGUGAGUACAAUUUAAUAAUUAUUUAGAUAGAUUGAAACGUUAACGAGAUGGAUUAUGUAAGACGAGUUGAACAGUUUGUUAUUAAUAAUUUUAAAAAAAUAUAUUAAAAAGAAGAUUGAUCUUUA